AUGACCCUGGAGCGAUAUGUGGCCAUCUGCAUGCCCCUACGUCAUGCAGAGCUGUGCUCCACUCGCAGCACUAUGCAUUGCAUCCUCAUCAUUCACGGCCUCAGCUCUGUACCCUGCAUUGUUAUUCUCUCCACCUUCUUUGCAUCAGCCUCUCUAAAUUUGUACAAACAACACAGGUUUUGCACUGUGGAGAUGUUCAUGUUGUACAGAUGGCAAAGUCAUGUUAGGUCAGCUGUACUUCAGUUUUACUUCUUGAUUAUGGUUAUCAUCAUUGUAUUCGCCUAUGUUAAAAUAAUGAAAGUGGCUAAAGCUGCAUCAGGAGAGGAUAAAAAGUCAUCAUGGAAAGGGCUCAGAACAGUAAUUCUUCAUGGUUUCCAGCUGCUGCUCUGUCUCAUCCAGCUGUGGACUCCAUUCAUAGAAGCAGCUGUAUUUCAGAUAGAUUUAAUGUUAUUUAUAAACGCCAGAUACUCUAAUUACAUAUUGUUUGGUCUUGCUCCAAGAUGUCUAAGUCCUCUCAUUUAUGGACUCAGAGAUGAAACCUUUUUUCAUGCAUUGAAAAAUUAUGUCUUCUUUGGCUUGUAUAAAAGAAAUAUUUGACACAAGCCUAGAUUAAUAAUUUCUGAACAGAACAAUUGCACAAUGCACCAGUUCAAACUAAAAUUCACAUGAACAUGAUCAUUUUAAGAACGUUUUAUUUCCAAAUACUUAUAAGCCUGCCUGUAACUGUGUUGAUAAUUAAGCAACUAUUCAAGAUCAAAACUGCUUUUGUUUUUUGUAUCACUGCUCAUUUGAGGUACUUUUUCUUUUUUUUUUUAAAGAUUAUUAUUUUUUGGCCAUUUAUGCCUUUAAUGAUAGUACAGCUGAAGAUAGACAGGAAGCAGGGGGCAGAGAGAGGGGGAAUGACACGCAGUAAAUAGCUGUCCGAUGCGAGAGACAGUUUGUAGUUGGGUGUCGUGAUCGGUUGCCAUAAUUGUCAAUACAUGUAAAUA